CACGCAGCAGGUUGAGGGACACCACGUGACCAGUGCGCGCUCUUAAAAGCGCGAGCGCUGGAAAGAUCCUUAUCUCUUACCAAGCGACAGAAGCAUCCUGCUGAUUAGGAUGGAGGUGACAUUGCGCGUACUGUAUUUCUCAUGCCGCACAGGCACUUUCACAGCCAGACUUGGACCUGUCCGUCCCUUUAGCCUUACCGUCCACAGGGGAGGCUACAAAAAUGUGAAUGCUGAGGAGUUGCCUCUGGACAUGAAGUCCAUCACUGACCGCGCAGCACAAACACUGCUGUGGACCGAACUCUUCAGAGGUUUGGGCAUGACCAUGAGUUAUUUGUUUAGAGAACCAGCUACUAUUAAUUAUCCUUUUGAGAAAGGCCCUCUCUCUCCCCGUUUCCGUGGUGAGCAUGCACUGCGCAGGUAUCCCAACGGAGAGGAGCGCUGUAUUGCAUGCAAACUGUGUGAGGCUGUGUGUCCUGCUCAGGCCAUCACUAUAGAAGCAGAGACCCGUGCAGACGGCAGCAGAAGAACAACCCGUUACGACAUUGACAUGACCAAAUGCAUCUACUGUGGAUUCUGCCAGGAGGCCUGUCCUGUGGAUGCAAUCGUAGAGGGUCCUAAUUUUGAAUAUGCCACUGAGACUCAUGAAGAGCUGCUGUAUAAUAAGGAAAAACUGUUGAAUAAUGGCGAUCGAUGGGAGGCUGAGAUUGCUGCUAACAUUCAGGCAGAUUACCUUUACAGAUGAACCAUUAAAGGUCAAGUAGGAUCCUGAUAACAGCGAAAUAAACAGUAGAAAACAUCAUUUCAGAAGCUCAUAUAAAAAGUCAUAUAAAUGGCACUUUGUAUAGAACCAAAAAAAGAAUGAAUAUAUUUGCUGUCUAAACGCACAAAGCAAGCACAAGACACAAUAUAAUAUGCAAUGCAUAUCUGUAAGCAUUCAAACGGUAGGUUAUACUCACAUAUUACGCACAAUUAUAUAUAUAUAUAUAUAUGAAUGUUCACAGCUUAUUUGCAUAUUUAUCUAUUCUAUGAUAAAGUGAUUAAAUGAC